AUGUUAGUAACAAGUUAUAUACAGACAGAAUUUGAUAAGGAACUACUAAAACGUGAUUCUAAUGGAUGUGUAGAAUGUCCAAGUUCAGCAGGUUCAUGUCCUAGUUGUCCAUCUGGUCAACAAUGUGAAUUAUCUUCACAAACUUGUAAUUCAUGUCAAGAAUAUUAUUGUGCAACUAUAGUAUCGAAAAAAACUACACCUAUUGGAGGUAUUGUUGGAGGAGUUAUUGGAGGUUUGGCAUUUAUUGCAUUAAUUGCUGGGAUCCUUUAUUAUGUUUUGAUUUAUAAAAAACGUAGAAUUGAAUAUUAUGAUGAAAAAGAUGAUGAAGAAUUUUGGGAUGAUGAAGAUGAAAGUGCUUUGGAUCUGGAAUCCCCAGGUAUGAUUUCUUCUCCUCAUGGAAGUGCACUUAAUACAAGUCAAAAUACUACUUCAAACUCAAAUCUUUCAGCUUUAAGUCCUUCUCCUGGUGUCAAUGGAACAAUAGCCGGUGGUCCUUCUCCUAGAAAUGGUUUAACUGGUGUUGGGGCUGUUGGGGCUGGUACUAUAGGAGCUGGUGCUGGAGCAGCUGCGGGAGCUACACGUACAUUAGCACCAAGAAGACCAGGUGGACGUACUAGAAGAGUAAGUUCGUAUGAAUCAUUUACUAGAACAACUAAAUCACAACAACAACGUCAAAAACAAUUAAGAAUGCAAAGACAACAAAGACAACAAAGACAAUUACAAAUUUUACAACAACAACAACAAUUUCAACCAAUGCAAUCAUUUCAACAACCAGGGAAUCCACAAUUUCUUGAACCUUCAAAUCGUAAUUCUGUUGCUACUUCAUUUUCCAAUGCUUCAAAUAUUCUUCCAAUUGCUUAUAUUCCAGGAGUAACAGUUGUACCUAAUCCAAGUAAUACUCGACUGAUUUUUUCAUCAGAAAUAGAUCUGUUGUAUACAGAUUCUAUUUCUAUUGUUUCAAUAGAUCCAGAAAUUCAACAAUCAACCACAACAACGGCUAUUAGAGCUCAGGCCAGGUUGGUUGAUAUAAAUGUUGAUAGAAUUGAAGAAGAAGAUUCGGAAUUUGAUACUGAUUCAGAUGUUGAUUCUGAUAUUGGUAGAACAAGUAGUCCAUUUGUAUAG